AUGUUUAGGUUGAUAACAGGAAUCGCAGGCCACAGUGGAUUUGGAUCAGCUUCGACUGCUGAACAAGUCACUCAAGGGAUUGAUGCCACCAAUCUCACUCUUCUUAUCACAGGUGGUGCAAGCGGUAUAGGUUUUGAGACAGCAAGAGUCUUGGCCUUGAGGAAUGCACAUGUUAUCAUUGCGGCAAGAAACAUGGAGGCUGCAAAUGAAGCGAAACAACUCAUUUUAAAGGAUAACAAAACUGCUCGACUCGAUGUUCUGAAACUCGACCUAGCUUCCCUUAAAUCCGUCAAGACCUUUGCCGAUAACUUCAUCGCUCUUAACCUUCCUCUCAACAUCUUAAUAAACAAUGCUGGUGUCAUGUUCUGUCCCUAUCAGCUUUCUGAAGAUGGAAUAGAGAUGCAAUUUGCAACAAAUCAUCUUGGUCAUUUCUACUUGACUAACCUUCUCCUUGACAAAAUGAAAGAGACAGCAAAGUCUACUGGCAUUCAGGGCAGGAUUAUAAAUUUGACGUCAGUAGCACAUCUUCACACUUACGAUGAAGGGAUUCAGUUUGAUAAAAUCAAUGAAGAAACCAGUUAUUCAGACAAGAAAGCGUACGGACAAUCCAAAUUAGCUAACAUAUUACAUGCCAACGAGCUCUCACGACGUUUGCUGGCUGAGGGAGCAAAUAUUACUGUCAAUUCAGUGCAUCCAGGCUUGAUAACUACCAAUCUCUACAGACAUUCUUCUAUUCUCAUAAAAAGUUUGAAGUACUUGACAUAUAUCCUAUGGAAAAACGUCCCUCAGGGGGCAGCCACGACUUGCUAUGUUGCACUCCACCCUUCGUUGAAAGGUGUAUCGGGGAAGUAUUUUGUCGACUGCAACGAGUUCAAGUCGAGCUCGUUUGCGAGAGAUGAAGACUUGGCCAAGAGGCUCUGGGAUUUCAGCAACAAAAAUGCGCCGAACGUCUUACAAGCAUUGAUCAUCGUCUACCUCCCACAAGCCCAGAGCUAUAACCGCGUAAGAGGCGCUCGUGACAAUAACGGCAGCAAAAACCGGUGGAACCAUGAUAUCCAUUUUGCAUCUUCUGAAAAGCUGAGCAGUAAAAAAAAAAAUUCUCCCCUGGAAUAUCCAGUGGUAACCUCGAAUACCCUGCUCUAUGACAUGCCUGCCAACUCCGGCCAGAACGAUGCGACAGCCAGCGUCGAAUCAGAAUCGACGUCCAUGUGGCGGCGAAGAGCAGCAGAGGCUCCUGUGAGAACAGCCUUCGGAAAAUUGAGUUGA